AUGGGGUGUUUCCCUUGCUCUGGAGAAUCUUCCAUUGAUAAAAAGCAGUGUAGAAAGAGAACAAACAACGGCAGCUCUAAUCGGUGGAAAAGAGGCGGCGAACAUGGCCAAAAGUCUACUGAUUAUUUAAGAGCGAGCUCUCAGAAAUCCGUGAAAGAUGAGCCUCAAGCUUCAAGUUUUGUGGGAGAUUGUAAUCCGAAGCGUAAUCCUGACGUGGAAGUUAAUGGUUUUAGUGCUAAAAACGCAAGGCAAUUCUCCUUAGUCGAAUUAGUCGCCGCCACCGAGAAUUUCAAGGCCGAUUAUUUUCUGGGCGAGGGAGGAUUCGGUAAAGUUUACAAAGGCCAAUUGCAAGACACCGGUGAGAUUGUGGCUAUCAAACAAUUAGACCGUAAUGGAUGUCAAGGGAUUAGAGAAUUUGUGGUUGAGGUCGCAACAUUAAGCAAUGCCGAGCACUCUAAUCUCGUCAAGCUAAUCGGUUAUUGUGCCGAGGGAGAUCAGAGGCUUUUAGUCUACGAGUACAUGCCGUUAGGCUCUCUGGAGGACCAUUUGCACGGGCCUCGACACAAUAAAAAGAAACUCGAUUGGAACACGAGGAUUAAGAUAGCGGCUGGGGCAGCCGAAGGGUUAGAGUAUUUGCACAAUAAGAUGGAACCACCAAUCAUAUACCGUGAUUUGAAGUGUUCGAACAUUUUGCUCGGGGAGAAGUAUUUCUCCAAGCUGUCUGAUUUCGGGCUUGCUAAGGUGGGCCCGUCGGGUGACGAGACUCAUGUUUCGACGAGAGUGAUGGGCACUUACGGAUACUGUGCGCCCGAUUACGCUAUGACCGGUCAACUCACGUUCAAAUCGGAUAUUUACAGCUUCGGUGUGGUGCUUUUGGAGAUUGUGACUGGCCGGAGGGCUAUCGACACCGGAAGGAAUGGACCCGAGCAAAAUCUAGUCGAGUGGGCGAAACCAUUGUUCAAGGACCGUAAAAAGUUCCACCAAAUGGCCGACCGGGAUCUCGAAGGCCAGUACCCGAUGAGAGGCCUAUACCAAGCGCUGGCCAUAUCAGCAAUGUGCAUCCAAGAGCAGCCCAGCUUGCGGCCCGCGAUUACAGACAUUGUUUCGGCACUUAAGUAUCUUGCUUCUCAAACUUACGAACACAAAAUCCAUCCAAUACCGAAUCAAGAAACGGGCCUAAUUUCCCCACCGGGCCUCAAAACGGAUCAUGAUUAUAGAGAAAAGAAAUAA